CUCAAAACGCAAGUCCCAAUGGCUCGCACUCGCAGCGCCAAGGAUGUACACUUUGGGAAGCUGAUUGGGACUGGGUGUAAAAUUGAAGAUAUUUACUUCUUGGACUAUCCGAACUCGGCUACUUCAGAAGGCAACAAGAGGCAAAUCCUCACUGCAAAAUGAGAGGUCUGAUCCAGAUUUAGAUUUGAUCAGCAAUCUACCUGUGGAUGCUUACAAUGCCAUCCUCAUGUGUUUGCCGCUAAGGGACGCAGUCAGAACAAGCAUCCUAUCAAGGAAAUGGAGGUACAGAUGGGCUUCAAUUCCACAUCUUGUAUUUGAUGGGAUCAAACGAUGUGCAAUUGACCUGGCGGACAUUGUCAACGGAGUCCUCUUAGUUCACAACGGCCCAGUUCACAAGUUUGUCUGCUCUUAUUAUGUGAAAGCCCCUUAUCAUCUUGACCAAUGGAUACUUUUCCUAUCAAAGAAUGGGAUUAAACAAUUAACUCUCGGUUUUCUUCAGCACAGCUACAGAGUGCACUCUCGUCUCUUCUCUUGUCAGGCACCGAGUGAUCUACACCUAACUGGUUGCAAAAUCAAUCCACCUCCUGCAUUUGAAGGGUUCCGAGGUCUCAGGAACCUCUAUCUUCAACGCGUUUGUAUUGCCAAUGAUGAACUAGAACGGUUGAUUCUGAAGUGCCCGCUUCUAGAGACAUUGACAUUGAAAAAUUGUUACAGCCGCUUGAUUCAUUUUGUAAUCAAUGCUCUGAAUCUCCGUCACCUGUGCCUUAGCGGUGAAUUCAAAGAUCUUCAAAUAACAAAUAGUCCAUUACUCAUAACUGCAGCUAUCGACUUGACAAGAAAUAUUUAUGGCGCCGAACAUCUCGAGCAAGGUGGAGUUUGCAAUUUGAUCAAGAUUCUUGGCAGUCUACAUCAUAUUGAGAAACUGGAGCUGCAGGGUUAUUUGCUAGAGUUUUUUAGCAUGGGCAAUGUACCAGAUGUACUUCCAACUUCAUUUCUUCAUCUGAAGAAUCUUUCAAUGGGCAUAUGUUUCAAUGAUCGGAAGGUGGUUUUGACUGCACUCUGCAUGUUAAGAAGCUCUCCUAACUUAGAAAUGCUUGAGUUUAGUGUGUGUGGCUAUGGCAUACUUGAGUUUCAAGUUAUACCAAAUGCAGGUUUCUGGGAAGCGCAAGAACACUUGGGUUGCUUGCUAAAUCAUCUCCGAACGGUGAAGAUGACUGGAAUCAUGGGUGACGAAUGUGAAUUGUGUUUCAUAAGGUUCCUACUUGCAAAUGCUCCUGUGCUUGAGACGAUGAGUACUGGUAAGAUUGUAAAAAAAUCAAGGUUUCUCAAAGAUAUGCUACAACUCCGAAGAGCUUCCACGCAAGCCAUUAUCAUAUGCGAUUAGGAAAGUAUUUGAGGGUGUGUUUGGCUUGGGCAGCAAGAAAAAUAAUUUGCAAUUUUUGGGAUUUUACUGUUAAUAGAAUUCCUAAGAAUCAUGUUAUGGUACUAGUGAAGAUACAGAGCUCUUUCUUUCCAAUGCACAAUGCAAAACAGGUACAUUCACAAAUUUUGAAAAUUCUACUA